CUUUCCAAUUCUGUCAUUUCUACUACUUGAAGCCAGUAAAACAGAGUCAGAAAAUGGUGUGAUUAUAAACAGUAUAAAACUAGAAUAUAAUCCUGCAGAUGCUGGUGAUAUUAAAGAAGGAAGCAACAUUACCCUGACUUGUUCUGUGGAUAUCCUGACACCUUCUGGUCAAUCACCUCAGAUUUCAUACUUAUUCUAUAAGGGACAGACGCGAGAUGUCCUGCUGAAAACUGCUACAAUUCAGGCGUCAAAAUCUCAAUAUCUAAUCCAAUCAGCUCGACCCUCACAUUCCGGAUACUACAGCUGUGAAGUAGAAGCAGGAAGUCAAAGGGCGGAAAGUGCUUCCACAUUCAUAACAGUUACAGGAAAUUUACAGACACCUGUACUCACCGUACAUCCAAUAGAGGUGAUUCUGGGAGAUUCAACUGAGCUGUACUGUACAUCUGAAGAAAUUCCUCCUCUUACAUUCAUAUUCUACACAUAUAAAAAUGGACCGAACCCAGUGCGUCUCCGUGAAACUUCAAGCAAAAACAAAACUGUGACACACCAACUGAAGGUGACAACAGAUACAGAGAAAAACUAUAGUUGUACAAUCGAAGUGCCUGCAGCCAGGAGUGUCUCAAAGCACAGUGAAGUAGUACAGCUCUCAGUACUAAAUCCAUUUUCAGAUCCAAUAUUUGAAAUUGAACCGUCAAAUGAAAUAUUUGAAGGAGACAAACUCACCAUUAAAUGCAGGGUUAUGCAUUUGCUUCCUCAUGUAAAACUUCAAUUAAUCAUUAUGAAGGAUACAACUCCAAUAAGUAUAAGAAAUACUAGCUCUGUGGUAUUUUCUAAAACAGCAAAUACAACUGAUACAGGAAAGUAUGGGUGCCUGGUGAGAUGGAACAGUGUAUCUCAAACUGUAAGAAAACAAGUGACUGUGGCAGUACCAGUUUCCAUACCAACUUUAAUGUCAACACCCAUUGGUGGUAAUGUGGUAAAAGAUGGUUCUUUGGAUCUUUCAUGUGCUGUGUUGGGCGGAUCCUAUCCAAUAACUUUCAAGUUUUACCAAGAUACAUCAGAAAUUCCUCUGCAUCAAAUAACAUUAAAUGCUACCACAGCAGUCCAUCAUAUUGUUUCAGUUAAGAAUGGGCACAGUGGAAAGUAUUCCUGUGAGGUAUCAAAUUCUGCAGAUCAAAUCACUCGAACAAAAAAAAGUCCGUAUGUUACUAUAACUGUAAGAGUUCCAGUAUCCAACCCUACAAUAAAAUGCAGUUCAUUAAAAGAUGUAUAUAAAACAGGAGAAUGGGUAAUCCUGCUUUGCCAGUCAACCAAUGGAACUGUUCCUAUAACUUAUUCAUUGUUCUCAAAUAAAAGACUCAUCUACUCAAUCUCGAGAUCUGAUAGAGAGCCUGCAGCUUUUAAAGUUCUCUUAAAUGAAACCAAAGAUGGCGGGGAAUACAAAUGCAAAGCUGAGAAUGAAAUUCCAAACUUGUCCAAAUACAGCAAUGGAAUAAACAUUACAAUAAAAGUUCCUGUAUCCAAACCACUGAUUUAUCCUCUGUUGAAUUCUACCAAGGUGAAGUUAGGGGAGACUGUGACACUGCACUGCGUAACAAGCACAGGAACUCUACCAAUCACUUACACACUGUAUCGGAAUCAAUCAAGUCUCCAAUCAGCUACUACAAUGCAGGCAAUACCAGCAGGCUUUAACAUAACAGUAGAUUCAGUGGAGCAUUCUGGAGUGUACAGCUGUAAAGCUGAAAAUCAAAUUUCUUCAGAACGCAGUAAUGGAUUAUCCUUUCGUAUUUUACGUGGUGGAUUUGUAUGGUGGAUUUACAUAAUAAUAGUCUUAAUUUCACUAAUGAUAAUAGGACCAGCAAUAAUACAUUGUAAGCAGUGGUGCAAGAAUAAUGAAGGUAUAAUUCAGGAGGAUGAAAGCUCUAAACCAAUUCAGAGAGGGCCUUUGCAACAUAAUCAAGGGUCUCUGAAAAAAAAAGCUGAUUCAGACAGGAAUCAUGAGGGGGACUACACUAACAUCAUGUCAUAUCAAGGAAAUGAAGAUGAUUCUGAAAGUGAUUGCGAAGCAGAUUACACAAAUGUGACAUCAAAAAAAGCUGCCAGUGCUGACAGCGAUACCUCCUCUGAUGAAACCAAUCACGUUUUAUACACUCAACUUGAUUUAGCUGCUCUGCAGAAUAACAGUACACCGCAGCCACAAGGACCCACAAUAUAUGCUUCUAUUGCUUUAGAUAAGUUACGGUGAAGGGUACCUGAAAAGUUAGAACCUUAGACCCAUGAUUGUAUUUUGAUAAUUGGUCGUCAAACUCAUUUUCAACCAAGUAAACCAAGAAAUUGUAAAUAGCUAUUUGGCUUGUUAAUCAGGCACAAGAAAUCCUUUCAUUUUGUAUGAAAUAUUACCUUAGUAUUUAUCAUGAUUAAAAAUUGAUUCGUUGCAUGGGGAAAAAAAUCAAGGUUAUGGGGAGAAGGCAGGGAAUGGGUUUGAGGAACAUAUCAGCCCUGAUUGAGUGGUGGAGCAGGCUCAUUGGGCUGAAUGUCCUAAUUCAACUUCUGUAUCUUACUGUCUAAAUAAGCCAACUUAGAAAUAGAAAAAACAGAACAAAGAGCAUUACUGUUUUGUGUAUUAGAUUAGUGUCAUAGAUUAUUAAGAUGUAUAUUCAUGCCUGCAACUAGCAUCUUGGCACUUGUAUUAGUUUUGUACUGAGGACAGAAGAAACCGCUAAGCCAAUAUCAAGUUUUUGCAUCAAAAGAAUUGAAUAAAGAUCACACAUGUUCAGACAAUCUCUUAAACCUCUUACUGAUCAAUUCCAAAGUGCAGGCCCAAGUUUGACCACUUGCAUAUCAAGUAAUGGAGUGUAAGAAAAUUUGAAAAGUACAUUAUAAAGUUGAUUUUCAAAUAAAUUAAUAAGUUGUUUAUAACUUAAAAAUAAUUUAUAUCCUUUGGAUAAAUAAACAAUUGAGCAUGGAUUCAUGUUUGUAUUUUGGUAUAUUGGUUCCUAAUCGAGUUAAGUAGAAACCACAAAAAAAAGGAAAUUCACAGGACAUCAGCAUCUACAGUGGCAUCACUUGUUGCAAGAGUGACGAUCAUUAUGCAUCUCCCAUAAUUCUUAAAAUUCCAUAUAAAGCUUAGUGUCAAAUUAUUGGUAAUAGGAUGUCACUUGUCCAUGUUAAAUCUCUAAAUGCAAAAUGAAUAGUGAAAAAAGUUAAAAGAUUCCUGUUUACUGAAACCAAGGCAAAAUACAAGACAUAAAGGUAAUGGGUCCUAAAUUCUCAGAGGACUCUGCUGAUUUUGGGGUAUAAUUUCAAUGCAAAACCAAUGCAACUCCUCGAAAUAGAGAAUGAGAAUUGUACUAGAAUUUGACCUCCUGAAUGGAGUGAAAUCAUUGAACCUCUUCUUGACUCACAUGAGUCUAAUAGUAGCCAGGAGGGGGAAACUGCAUACAACUUGUGCUCCCAUUCCUCAGGCUCUAAAUUAGACCUGCUGUAAGAAUGGAAGCUAUUUUGCUAGAGGUUUACGAGCCCAUUAUGCACUGCACACCAUCUCCACCCUAGCCCAAAGAACAGACUUAUUGUAACAAUUUGUUGAUCAAUUCCUUUGUUCAGGGCCUCAAAGGAACCAUAUUUAGGGUCAGUAAGAGGAUCCCAAGCAAUUGGUCUCUGUCUUGAGUUCAGAAAUUUUGACCUUCACGAGCAGGCAGGUGCCAAAGAUGUUCCUGAAAUGUAAAGAUGGUGUGCCCCCCCAUUAAUUUGACAAGCUGUGCUUCAUGGAUGGUGUUGUUCACUGGUACCAUCUUUAGGGUUUUGUGAAGGGAAUUCAUUAUCUUCAUAUUGCCCUUGGGAAAUUUGGAAUUCUGGUCUUUAGCUCAUUUCCACCACAAAAUGUAGGUUUUAGGAAGGAAGCGAUGCAUCACCUUGCAGGAGACCUCAUCUGGAUAUCUGCAUUCCACAGUGGACACCAAAGCUUAGCAAUAAUAUUAUUGCCAUUGAAAGGGAAUCAGAAUUACACAAAGAAUUAACUGGUUAAAUUAUGAAAAGAUGUUGGAUUACAUUGCUCUGUAUUUCUUUAAGUUUAAAUGAUCAAGAAAUGAAAUAUUAUGAUCAUUCUUGUUUCUCAGUAUUGCUUCCUUUUUUUGUGGGAAGUUUGUGGAAAAUCAGUUUAAAUUCUGAAAAUAGAUAUCAUUAUAAGGAAUGUAAAAGACAAUGUAAGAAAACUAGGUGGGCAAACGAGUUGAAAUAAUUGACGUUAAUGCUUGAAUUUUUACCAAAAAUAACUGAAUUGUAAAUGCUUAAUUCUGGUAAAUGAUAUGUAAACAUUUUAAUUGCCAAGUUAAGUUGGUCCUCCUUAGUGACAUAUACUGUAAUAAAUGGUUUUAUGUAUGGGAUAUCACUUCCAAUAGCAUUUCAGAGAUGUACACCAAUGUAGGACUUGAGAAGUGUAAGGAUUAUUUAAUAUGUAACUAAUUAGUUAAUGCUUACCUAGA